UUAACCCAGAAAGGUUCAGUGUAGUGUCGUAUUUCAUUAAAACUAAACAAUAACCGUUUUCGCGUGUAACAGUGCCCUUUUUUGUGCAGAAUGGCUGGAAAAGGUGACGGUGAAGGCGAAGGAAAUGUUCUAAAGUUGGAAAAUCAAAUUCUUAUCAUCAAAUAUGUGAUUCUAUUCACGAACAUCAUUGAAUGGAUGAUCGGAGCCAGCAUAUUUGCCUUGUGCCUUUGGAUGAGAUUCGAUCCUGGAAUUGGAACCAUUUUGGAUAAACUGGAUGCCGACACGUUCUAUGAUGGUAUUUACGUGCUAAUUGUGGCGUCAAUUAUUAUAAUGAUCGUGGCCUUUGUGGGAUGUGUGUCCGCUCUGCAAGAAAGUGGGAUUGCCCUACUGGUGUACAUUGGGACCCAAGUACUCGGCUUUAUAUUUGGAUUGGCCGGUUCAGCUGUUCUCCUAGAUAAUAGCGCCAGAGACUCCCAUUUCCAGCCGAGGAUCCGGGAAAGUAUGCGACGUCUUAUCAUAAAUGCCCAUCAUGAGGAAUCACGAAAGUCCCUUGCCGAGAUUCAGGAAGGAAUCGCCUGCUGCGGUGCUGACGGUGCAAGCGAUUACUUGUCCUUGAAGCAACCACUUCCCAACGAGUGCAGGGACACCGUCACGGGAAAUCCUUUCUACCACGGAUGCGUCGACGAGCUCACAUGGUUCUUCGAACAGAAGUGCGCCUGGGUUGCCGGACUUGCCAUGACCGUGUGCUUCUUCCACGUCAUAAAUAUCGUCCUGGCGACAAUCCUGAAGUCCGCUCUAGAAAAAGAGGAAGAACAAUCCGAAGCGUACAGAAAAUAAUUUCUAAUUUGUAGUAAACGCAAAAACGAGAUAAAUGUACCGAAAGGUAUUUUUCAUUUUCAGGGGUAAAUAUUUUCAUGACAUUGAUGCUUUAAUUAAUCAUUCUGUAUUUUUUCGCAGUAUUUUGUUUUGCCGUACAUUUUGCGUUUACUGUAACGAUCGUUAAGCAGAAUUCUUUUGUACUUAGUUAGCUAGCUAUAAGCAUUUUUUAUUCAUUAUUAUAUGUGUAUGUUAAUAGAUAAUUUAGGCCAGAAAAGAACAUGUAUUUUAUAAGGAUGUUAUAUUGAGCAUGUGUAUAACACGUAAUAAAUAAUAAAUUGGUUUUGAUGCUA